ACAAUCUAGAUUCCAAAGAAUGUUCCUGUCCAUCUUGACAGUAAUGGUGCAGUUUUUGGGCCACAAAUCACAAAUACAUCUCUAUUUGUUUCUAGAGAAUACAAAUGUGUUAGUUAAAAAUACUAAUCUUGAAGAUACAUGUGAAAGCUGAGGAUUACCCACUUGCCAAUCACAAGAUAUGAAACUCAAAAGAGUGCAUAAUUUUACCCAUAGAAUUAUGGGUGGCAAAAGAGUUUAGCUCAUGUGAGCAGAGACUGAGUAUAUGCAUGUAAAAAUACCCACCCGUGACUUCUCUUUUUGCAAUACAGCCAAAUUCCUGUUGCUAUAUUUAAUUCAGUAUUCCCACUCCCACCUCAUUUUUUGGCAUCCAAAGUUCCCCCUUCUUCCACGUAAAUUACGCCUCACUUUCUCCAAUAUUCAAUACUAUCAAUACCCAUAUUUUCAAUUCAAUUCUUAGUUUUUUCUCCUCCCCCUCUGACUUUUCCAUUCCUUUAUCCAAUCCAAUCCCAACCGUAAAGUUCGUUUGUCCUCACCCUCCCCUCUUUAACUUCCAAUUUGGCGCAGUUGAUCCCGUGACCCAAUUUCUCUCCAAACCAACAAACAAAUUUCCUUCUCUUCUGCAGUCCUGCUUCUGCUUCCUCUCUAUAAAUACACCCGCACUUCAUCUACUCCUUCACCAUUCUGAGUGAGUGUUGUAACUUAUAACAAUGUCUUCUUCAAUCACUUUUGCYCUCUACUUCAUUUUGGCUUUCCUUGCCUUAUCUUCCUCCGCUUUCACUUCUCAACAUUACUCUACUGCUCUUCAGUAUUCCAUUCUCUUCUUUGAGGGACAGCGGUCCGGGAAGCUGCCCUCGAACCAACGUCUAACAUGGAGGGCGGAUUCUGCCUUAUCAGAUGGCUCCUCUUAUCAUGUUGACCUUGUUGGUGGCUACUAUGACGCUGGGGAUAAUGUCAAGUUUGGCUUGCCAAUGGCCUUUACAACUACAUUGCUCGCUUGGAGUGUCAUUGAGUUUGGUAACUCGAUGGGGAGCGAGAUUGAGAAUGCAAGAGCAGCCGUUCGUUGGGGGUCGGAUUAUCUAUUGAAGGCUGCCACAGCUGCCCCUGACACCUUAUAUGUUCAAGUGGGAGAUCCAAACCUUGAUCAUAAAUGCUGGGAAAGGCCUGAAGAUAUGGACACGCCGCGGACUGUGUAUAAGAUAACCACUCAAAAUCCAGGCUCCGAUGUAGCAGCAGAGACCGCAGCUGCACUCGCUGCAGCUUCCAUUGUGUUCAACGCCUCCGACCCGUCUUAUUCUUCCAAAUUGCUCAACGCGGCCUUGAAAGUGUUCAAUCUUGCAGACAAGCAUAGAGGUUCUUACAGCGACUCCCUCCACUCAGUGGUUUGUCCAUUUUACUGUUCUUACUCAGGAUUCAACGAUGAGCUUCUAUGGGGUGCCUCAUGGAUCUAUAAAGCCUCAAAAAACAGCACACAUUUGAACUAUAUCCAGUCCAAUGGCCAUAUACUAGGAGCUGAUGACGAUGACUACACAUUCAGCUGGGACGACAAACGCCCCGGAACAAAGAUCCUUCUCUCCCAGGAUUUCUUAGAGAAAAAUUCGGAGGAAUUCCAAGUCUAUAAAGCUCACUCAGACAAUUACAUAUGCUCCCUAAUUCCAGGAACUUCCAGUUUCGGUGGUCAAUAUACUCCUGGAGGACUGUUCUUCAAAGGAAGCGAGAGCAACCUGCAGUAUGUAACAUCAGCAUCAUUUCUGCUCGUAACAUACGCCAAGUACCUGAGCUCCAAUGGCGGAUCCAUCCGAUGCGGGACUUCUAGGGUUUCGGCAGAGGACCUAAUYGCGCAGGCAAAGAAGCAAGUGGAUUACAUAUUGGGAGAGAAUCCAGAGAGAAUGUCUUACAUGGUGGGAUUCGGAGAACGAUACCCUCAGCACAUUCACCACAGAGGUUCCUCUCUGCCGUCCCUCCAUGCGAGCCCUAAUCGAGUUUCCUGCAAUGAGGGAUUCCGGUUCCUGUACUCUUCUUCGCCGAAUCCGAAUCUGCUGAUCGGCGCCAUUGUUGGUGGCCCUGAUAAUGGCGACAAGUUCUCUGACGAUCGCAAUAACUAUCAGCAGUCGGAGCCUGCUACUUAUAUUAAUGCCCCAUUUGUCGGGGCCCUCGCAUUUUUUGCAAAAUCAUCUAAUUAAUUUAUUAAUCUCCGCGGAUAAGACACCCGUUAACUUAUUUUGGGUCGAAAUUCGAAAGUUAGCAUGGAUGUUGGACCAAAA